UGCUUUUAGCUCCUCUAUUUAGUAAUAGCAGAACGUGAACAACUGACCUUUGUCUGCGGUCAAGAUGGCGUUGUUUUACGUUCAAGGCUUGCCCAUAGGGGCGGUAGCCAUCAUGCUAGCCUUGCUUGCCUCCAUGGGUGGCUUCAUCUUUGGUUAUGACACAGGACAAAUAUCUGACAUCGUACUUAUGCCCGAUUUCUUGGUCCGCUUCGGAUCGUGCGGUACCCCAGGCGUUGCGAGCACCUGCUCUUUUUCGGAUGUCAGAGAGGGUUUGAUAGUCGCCUUAUUAUCCAUUGGCACGCUUGUCGGUGCACUAGCUGGUGCCCCGACUGCCGAUUUCCUUGGUCGCCGAUACGCGAUGUCGGUGGAGUGUUUUGUUUUUGUUGUCGGUGUAAUCAUUCAGAUAUCCUCGGAGCAUGUCUGGCAACAAUUCGCAGUUGGGAGGUUCAUCAGUGGUUUGGGUGUUGGAUCAUUAAGUGCGGCCGUACCCAUGUAUCAGGCUGAAACAGCGCCGCCGCAGAUCCGAGGAACGUUGACUGCGACAUAUCAGUUGUUCAUCACCUUCGGUAUAUUGGUUGCAUACUGUAUUUCCAUUGGCACACGUGAUAUACCCUCAUCCGGUUCAUGGCGCAUUGUUGUUGGCAUUGGUAUUUUGUGGGCGCUGAUUUUGGGUAUUGGUAUCCUAUUCAUGCCCGAAAGUCCCAGAUGGUUGGCUGCCCAUGAUCGUUUGGACGAUGCUCAGGCCUCCAUUGCUCGCACUCGAGGUAUCCCAGCGUCAGAAGCUUCUGACCAUUACGUUAUACGUCGCGAAGUCGAGGAAAUCAGGUCCAAUGUUCUUUACGAGAAGAAUAUUAGCGCAGGUUGGAUUGAUUGCUUCAAGGUCGAGAACAAGACUCUGUACCGCACUCUCCUUGGCAUGUCAUUGCAAAGUCUGCAACAACUUACCGGUGCCAACUACUUCUUCUACUAUGGUGCUACCGUUUUCCUAUCGGUUGGUAUUGCCGAUUCGUUCGUGACCCAAAUCAUCCUUGGUGCUGUCAACUUUUUCUGUACUUUUGGUGGCAUGUACAUCAUGGAAAGGUUCGGCCGUAGACGUCCCCUAAUAAUCGGUGGUUUAUGGCAAGCUGCAUGGUUGUUCAUCUUCGCCUCAGCAGCAAUUUCGACAGAUCCCGCCACCAACCCUGGUAUGGGCAAGCUCAUGAUUGUUUCAGCUUGCAUGUUCAUUUGGGGUUAUGCCAUGACAUGGGCUCCCGGUGUCUGGAUUUUGAUCGGAGAGACUUUCCCUACUAGGACUCGUGCAAAGCAAGGCAGCAUUUCUACCGCAGCCAAUUGGUUAUGGAAUUUCUUGAUCGCCUUCUUCACGCCAUUCAUCAUCAAAAGCAUUUCCUACAAAUACGGUUAUAUCUUUGCAUCAUGCAACUUGCUCGGCGCUUUCGUUGUUUACUUCUUCCUUUACGAAUCGUCCGAUCUUUCGCUUGAAAGUGUGAACAUGAUGUAUAUCGACCCAGACUGCAAGCCGUGGACUUCCCGUAACUGGGCACCACCUGGCUUCGCGUCCAGGCAAGAUCUUAUUGACCAGUCGAGGGCUGCUGAAGCUCACAAGCCACUCGCAUCUGGGGCACUUGAAGAAACCAGAAUCGAAAAACGUUCAUCGAAGAACUCCAGCGAAGAGGUUUAAAGAGCGGCACAUAUGUGGAAACACAAAUAGACUCUUUAUUCGACCCCUUCAAUCGAUAUGUCUGGUCAUGGUAAUGCGCUGUUUGGUAGAAUGCUUUUCGCAUCCAAUCAUAUCUUACGAGUGUUACGACACGACAAUUUUGUACCCUUAAUGAAAUUCAUUUACAUCCGGUU